AUGGCCAACUCCGACGUGUACGAGCGCUCGAAUGAUGCGAUACGCCGCGCUUUGAGGAAGGUGGCCGCGAUAGUGCGUAAAUCAACGCCUGGCGAGUACCAGAGUAUAAUGGAACAACGAGCGUCUCCUCACCUCGAACCCCUCCUCGACUAUUUCAGUCAGUGUGCUGAAGUGGAGAUCACUCUAGGCGUACAGUUGCAGAGACAAGAGCAACUCGCGCGGGACGACCCUCAAGUCAUGCGCCACUACCAUUCAGGCGCAGGAUACCUACAGUUGCGUUUCUUAGCGACGCAGGGCAUUAGGGUUCUACUUGCGGCGGUCACGGAGAACUACGUGAUAUUGGAAGGCAACUGCUUCUUGCCUGGCGGCUUCUAUGACGACUUCAACAUUCCUGAGCGAUACCCCACGUCGCCCUAA